AUGGACGUCACUUCCGCCCUGUUAGACAAAAGCGACAAUGUCGCAGGCGACCCAUCUGACCUUGUCCAGGGGGAAAAGAAGUUUUUCUUCUCAUCAAUUGGCAAAGCUCAUUUGAUAAACGUUCUCUACGGGAUUGGCUACACAAUACAAAUUGCCAUGCUACCCUAUAUGCUGAUCAGUUCCAAAGCCGGCAUAGAACACAAUGGAUACCUCUUGACCCUUUUUUCUCUACUCCAGUUUUUGGGUUCCAUGUUUUUUGGCAGACUAGCUGAUAUAUGGGGCGUGAAGAAUUCCUUUUACUUGUCCCUUUGCUCCUCCAGCCUGAUGUACCUUAUGCUCCCGGCUUGCAGAGACACCUGGGCGUACUACGUGAGUUUCCUUCCUUCCUUCUUCAUGCAAGCUUUUCAAGCCUCCUCCCUGUUGGUGUGCCUCAAAACAGAUAGCCAAAACAGGACCGCCGCCAUCGGCUACCUCAAUCUCAGUUACGGAAUGGGAAUAAUCCUAGGAAGUCUCAUCGCAGGCUUCAUGGUAAAUUUUGUGGGUUCUAGAGGCAACCUCCUUAUCGCACUGGCCUCACAGAUAGUAGCAUUGUAUGUAGCCAAAACAUUGAAUCAGGAUCCAAAACUUUUAAGACCAGUCAACUUAGGAGAAAUAAAAAUAAAGGAAAUGUUCAGUAGCAUGCAGAAGGAAUAUAUACGUAUAUUAAAUCUUUUUCGAAAAACCUAUGGAAUGUGUUUACUAAUACUCUUUGGCUUACUUCCCAUUUUAAUGACAAAGUUCGCUUUUGCUCCUGUACUGGUGGAUAUGUUCAAGCUAACCCCAUCACACACAUCGUACCUGAUGACUUAUGCAGGAAUGUUAACCAUCAUUGCAGAGGGCCUGCUGGCACCUUAUUUAAGCUCCAUUGGGGGGGAUAUAACUUGUUGCAAGUUUUCUAUACCUUUAACUUUAAUUGGAUUUUUAUCACUCUCUUUAUGUGGGGCUAAUGAAUAUCUCGUCCUUAUAUUCAUGUCCAUUCCUCUUUGUGGAGGAGCCUUGUUAUACAUAUGUGGCACUAGUCAAAUGACAAAGAGAGUAGAAGAAUCCGAAUUAGGAACUGCCAUUGGGCUGAACACGUCCAUUUUUUACGCUGUCACCAUAGUAGCUCCAUAUUUUGCCUUCAAGUCGUACAUCGCCUUGGGUUUAGGCCUCUACUGGUUACUCUGCGCCAUCAUCUGCUUCGUCAUCACCACGUACAUUUUCGCCCUGGACAAGUUAACACUACAAAUUUUUAACGAAGACACUGACAGCCUGGAAACCAUGUUUUCCAGCGUCAAGGUGGCUUAA